UGAAAGAAUCUUAGGUCGACCGCCAACGAUGUUACUUCACGGAGAAGUGAGCCCACAAGUGAUUUGACGUAUCAACUGAUAGCAGACGGUUUUGUUUUGUUGGUAGUAAUGCAGAGGGUACUUUUGUUUUUAUGGAGUGUAUUGUAAUUGUACGAGAUGUGUUGUGCGGCGACAGUGUGAUUGCAACUACUGAUGCAAAUUUUUAGAAGUUUUAUUUCGCUUUCAGUAAGACAGUUAAUGUAAUGGGCGAAAACAUGGUUGUAAUUCCAGUGGAUAGCAGUGAUUUUCCUGAAAUUAUGGAAACAGUAUCAGAUAUUACGAAAGAGCUUACAGUUACCGAGACGGACAAUAUAACAGUACAAGCGGAAGACUUGAUAAAUGUAGGUGUAAGUUGUCUAGAAGAGGCCGAAGGUGACAUUGUCUGCACUGAAGAAAAACGAAAGAAAAGACAUAGGAUAAGGAAGAGAAAGCCCAAGAACAAGAACGAUACAGGCUCUGAAAGCACAGCUGCAGGAGAUGAAAAGGAAACCAUUAGUGACAUCCAGUGCGUCUGUGAACAUGUACGGGCUAUCCAGUUACAAGAGGGUGGUGUGUCAAUGUGUAAUGUCUCCACGUCCACAGUUUUUCAUUCUGAACCAGUUAACGAACAAGCUACAAAACCUGAAAUCUUGCAGCAUUCUCACAGUUCCAGUAGAACAAAGGUUCCAGAAAAGUCAAAGAAAAGAGUGAAGAAACCUAGUAAAAAAAAUGUGGCACAAAGACAGCUUUCUGAAUCCAUUGUAAGUGACAAGUGCACAGGUGUAAUUAGAGAAGAGUCUGUGGCUGUAAAAGAUGCACAAGUUGAAAGUAAAAGAUUAAGUGGCCAUAACGGAAGCCCACGAAAAAGUACCAACAAAGCACAGUGCUUUGAAAAAUACCUUCCGCAAAGAGAGAUAGAGGAAGGACUCCAGAAUGGUACACUAAUUAAGGGUAUUAUCCGCAUAAACCAGAGGAACUACAAGGAGUCGUACAUAAGUAACCCUGAUGGGCAGAUGGAUAUUUUAAUAUCUGGUGUUCAGAAGAGAAAUAGAGCACUUGAGGGAGAUGAAGUUGUUGUAAAAUUAGAACAGUCUUCAGAGUGGAAGCUUCAGUCAAAUGGCUGCCAUCAAAAAACAGGAAAGGUUGUCUUCAUCUCUGUACGCAAUCAUUUGAAAGUUGCUGUAGGUACGCUGAAAAAAAUGAGUGAUGAGAACUCUCAUUUUGCUCUCUUUAGCCCACGUGAUGCUCGAAUUCCUCGUAUGAAGAUUCCUCUGUAUGAAUGUCCUCUUGAGUUCUUGGUAGAUCCUGAAAAAUUCAAAAAUGUUAUAAUUCUAGCAAAAAUAGUAGAGUGGAGCAAUGUAAAUUAUGCUCUUGGAGAAAUUAUUGAACUGGUAGGGGAAGUUGGUAAUAAGGAAGCUGAGACCACAGGUAUUCUGUUGGAGCAUGGACUUGAUAUUACUCCAUAUUCAGAUGAUAUGAAAGGUUAUUUCCCUCAAGCACCGUACCAUAUCAGCGAAGAGGAAAUACGAAAACGAGUUGAUUUGAGGAAGGAGUGCAUUUUCACUAUUGAUCCAAAGACUGCGAAAGAUCUGGAUGAUGCUGUCUCGUGUAAAUUACUGGAAAAUGGGAAUUUUGAAAUAGGAGUUCACAUUUCAGAUGUUACACACUUCUUAACAGCAGAGACUCCUUUGGAUGACAUUGUUUCAAAGAAAGCUACCAGUGUAUAUCUUGUUGAUGCGGUUCAUCACAUGCUCCCAAAAGAACUGUGCAUGCUAUGCUCUCUAUUACCUGGUGAAGAUAAAUUGACAUAUUCUGUAAUAUGGGAAAUGACUCCAAAUGCUGAAAUACUGUCUCAGCGUUUAACACGUUCUGUCAUAAAUUCCUGCUCUCAACUUGCUUAUGAACAUGUUCAGGCAAUGAUUGAAAACCCAGACAAGCAGUGGACAAAAGAGGACCUGCCACCAUUAGCUGGAGGCUUUGAACCCAAAGAUAUCCUUUCUCGUGUUCUGUGGCUCCAUAAAUUAGCAUUAAUAUUGCGAAAGCGGCGAUUUGAUGGAGGAGCUCUAAAAAUUGACCAGACUAAAGUAUUUUUCUCAUUGGAUGAGUUAGGUCUACCAGUGGCAUAUAACUGUUAUGUCCAGAAUGAUUCACAUAGAUUAAUUGAAGAGUUUAUGCUGCUGGCCAAUAUGUGUGUUGCUAGGCAAUUACAUACUGAUCAUCCUGAACUUGCAUUUUUGCGAUGCCAUCCAGGACCUGUUACUUUAAUGUUGAGUAAGGUAAAGGCCACAUUUGAGAAGCGGGGAAUUCACCUGGACGUAUCGUCAGCGGGUGCACUACAAACAUCAAUGUGGCGCUACAGUGGAGAUGAUUUUGUUAGCCGAGCUCGCAUGAUGGUCAUUUCUUCAUUAUGUGCCCGUGCCAUGUCAAGAGCGAAAUAUUUCUGCUCAGGUUUUGUCCAAGACGAAGAUGACUAUAACCAUUAUGCCUUGAAUGUUGCUCGGUACACUCAUUUUACCUCACCUAUCAGGAGGUAUGCUGAUGUAAUGGUGCACAGAUUGCUUGGAGCCUCUCUAGGAUACCAUGACACUCCAAAGUGGACAAAAGAGUUUGUCCAAAGGAUAGCAUUGAAUUGCAACAACAAGAAGUAUGCUGCAAAAUUAGCUGGAGAAGAAAGUGUAAAGUUAUUUCUUUAUCUGUAUUUAAAAAUCAAUGGACCUCUUGAAGAUGAUGCUGUUGUUAUAGACGUGAAAGACCAUUCAUUUGAUGCUGUUGUAUGUAGUAAUGGACUCACUCAACGAGUUUAUGUUGAUAAAUUGGAUGCAGAUGUUGAAUUUGAAUCCCAGAAGGAUUUCUCAUUCUUGAAAAUAGCGUGGAAGUCAUCAAAGAAUUUGAAUAACGUAUUCUGCCAAGUAAUUGAGAUAUUCAGCUUAGUUCGUGUGAGACUGACAGCUGCAGAAGAGCAGACUAAAAUUCUGGCUGAGCUGAUAGAUCCUCAGAAUGCUAAUAUCAGUAAUGUUAGCAAUGUUGAUGGAUGUUUGACAUGACAGUAUUCAAAGUGACUCACUUUAUUUUGUGUUUGUUGUGAGUUUUCUAGACUCCAGUUGGUAACACUAUGUUUAUGACAGUAACUGAAUGUAUCAUGUAGAAAGAGAAAGAUUUUCGGUGGUAGCAGGUAUAGACGAAAAUGACACUAAACAGAAACUGCUGAUGAAAGAAGUACUGUAGCUUGUCUCUUGAGUUACACUUUAUUUUUGGUUCAUGUCUUUAUGGUAUAGAAAAGAUAAUGCCUACUUUGUGCUGUCACAUGUGUAGAAGAUAAAAUGUGCAAAUCAGAAACUUUUUUCAGUGUUUUCUGUCUGUCAUUUGACAUUUGAUUUUUAUAAUGGAUAUAGAAAUAUUUUAUGAAAUCUAACGUUGCAUUACAUAAGUAAUAUGUAUAACAUCAUCACACUGUUUGGAACUGCUGUAGUUAUGCUGAAUAUAUUGAUCUUUUAACAGUCAGUAAUCAUCUUAUGCACCUCUUCAAUUUGUUUCAGAUAUGACUAGAAAACUGAAUUUUGUUUCAAGUUAAGGUUAUAGGUGGUUGGUCUACUGUAAGGAUGGAAAUUUCUCUCAUUUCAGUCUCAAAUGUAAUGAGAAGAGAUUUUCCAUAUACAAGUUAUGCCUUUUCAGAGUUGUUGCUAUCAAGAAUUUUUACUAUCAAGAGUUUAAAAAUAUACGGAGAGAAUGUAAGUUUAUCAACAUGUGACUGAACAGAUUGUUACACACCACAAGGUAGAAAGAUGUAGUGCAACUUUCUCCAUUACUGAAUUGGCCUCUCCGCACAUGCAGAGUGUGGUAAACUUUGCUGCUGCCAAAGGCAACUGAAUGAGUGGUAGAAGAAUGUGUAGAAAGUCAGUAAUGUUUCAACAACUGAAAUUUUUCUACUGAUGUUGAGGAAGAUACAAAUAAGUUUCGAAAGCAUGAGCGAAAACAGUAAAUGGAGCAAGACUGCACAUUAACAAUUUUUAUUAACAUAUGCUGUUGUGAAAAAUUUUGUGAUCACACCAUUUUGUAUCUUGGUCACUUGUAUUUGUGCUGUGAUUUAUGUCAGUAUGUUUUAUUUGUAUUAUUUCAGUAUGUUUUAUUUGUAUUAUUUGCUUGCAGUUGUUUUACCAUAUUUAUCUUUAUUUUAUAUAUUUUGUUUAAAAGCUGUUGUUAUAUGCUUCCUCUCAAUUUGUCUAGGGUUAUGUAGAAGUGUGUGGAUGUAUCCAUAGUAAUGUAGACAUACUGUAAGGAGUAGGCAUCUGAAAUUGCAUACAUUAUCUUCAAAGUUAUUACAUAUUAUUUAGUGUGAAUGCAGGCUUUCUUGGUGUAUUUCAUUUAUAAAAUCUUGGAUUAUCAGCUGAGUUGUGGCACUGUGUCGUCGCAACAUUUUGAAGAGUUUUCCACCUUGUUGAGACGUUGGAGUAACACAUCAUAGUGAUUUGACUGUUGAUUUCAUUAAUGUUGUUUAGUAAUUCCAUAAAGUUGUAUUUAUUUGGAGACCGUUCAUGAAUUAAGCUGUUUCCAUCAUCUCAAAGAUGGAAGUUUCAGUGUUCAACCUUAGGUGUCCUUCAAGUGAUCACACUAUGUAAUAUUAGAAACAUAAGAUGCCUAACUUGCUUCACCAGGUCUAAAGUGAUAUUCUGGGUUUAAAGAAACCAUACAGAAUGCAAUUCCCCCAUUGGGAAAUCUAGCAAGUUGGGUGGCUACAUAGGGCAAUAUUGUUUGUGGAAAUUGUGUGACCAAUUUGUUGAACUGGCAGAUGUCAGUGUACAUACUAUUUGAUACUAUUUGACAUUCAUAUUAUGACGUGGACAGAACCCAUCUUGGAAAAUGAGCUCUCUACCACUAGUUGUGACAGCGACUAGCAUGUCCAAAUGUGUGUGUGUGUGUGUGUGUGUGUGUGUGUGUGUGUGUGUGUGUGUGUGUGUGUGUGUGUUCAGUGAUAAUUCUCUUGGCUAAGAAAAAUAAAUUUCACACCUAAUUUAGAAAUGGACAAAGCACUUUUACUUCUGGACAUUGUUUUAUCUCAGUGACAAAGUGCAGUUAUUUGCAUACUUUAUCAGAUGAAGAAACAUUCUUCAUGACUCCCAGUUCAAAGUUGUGACAUAAUUUUGCUCACUUGUACCCUAGCUGUGGUUUAUGCCACCAUGGUUGUUCUUUUUCCUGUUAUAUCUGUCUAUAGGCAGAUGAUAUACCAAGUUAAGGUUUUUUGUCAUUUUUUUAGCAACUUCUGCUGCAAAUAAUACUAACUCUUUGAAAACUAAAGUAUCUUUGCAGGUGCUUUCUUUAACAAUACAGAUACUCCAGCCCUCCUAUAACCAGGCCACACUGUUUAGUAGGGCAACUGAAACACUUUCAAUGUGCACUUUUGGAUUGAAAUUUUCCUGAAGAACAAGGCACACAUGUCGUAGUCCUCCUAUCAGAAGUAUUGCACAAAAAAGGACACAAAGCUCUAAAAAUACUCUCUCAGUUUGGUCUUGUGCUUUACCCUAACAUUUUGCCUAAUGCAUAAAUUGGAUACUUUUUUGCAUUCUGUAAUUGUGACACAGUUCAUGUAUAGUAUGGAUCUAGGUACAAAGGAUUGUUUUUGGUUGCAUGGCAUGUAGUUGUCAGUUUUCAUGUGUAAGGAUGAUCUGUUGAUCGACAAAAACUAGUAGUUGUAACAAAGAAAUGGCAUAUAGCAAUUGCACCAACUUGUGAUUUUUCAAAAAUAUUUAAAAUCUGUGAUUAAUUGCUUCCUUAGAAUAAACAGGCAAUUUGCCUGUAGCUACAGUAAGAUUAAUUUUCAAUUCUUCAAUAACAUAUAUCCAGAAAACAAAGAACAUUUUACAUAAACAUAAUUUGGAUAUACAGAUUCAAUUUUUGUGUUCAAGAAUAAGAAUGUAUUCCAAGCCUUCUCUUUUUUGUUUAGAAUGCUCAGUCUUUGGUGAAUGUUUUAGUUGUCUUGCAGAAAACCAAAAUUCUUUCAGCACACUUCCAGCACACUUCCAGCAUUAUCUUAACAGUCAGAAUAUAAAAAAAUAGAUAGUAUUGUUUUAAAUUGCGAGGAUUACUAUACAACUCGGUGUUAUUUGUUCAACUGGUAUAAUUGUUUUCAUUUUCUUAUUCUGCACAUGCAUAACAUUCAAAGUGUCAUUUUGGAAUACUAUCUGGAAAUAUCAGAUUUGUUGUAUUUUGUGACCCACAAUGUUCCAAAGUCUUACUGCAAGAAAUAAUUAUUACAUAGCUGUGUUGUUUAUGAUUGGAAGUGCUUCAUUUGUACUUGGUUUUGUAGUUAACUACAUUUCAGUACAGAUAGAAGGUAGAACACUAAGUAUUAUGUUUUACAGUUCCUGUUAUUCUCCUGAUUCGUAGAAGUAAUGUGAAUGAAGAAGGAGCAAAAGUGAAUUUGGGAUAUUGCACAUCACAUAUUUGCAAAAUGCAGUGCUGUUUUAAAUGCAUACAAUUUACUUGAAAAUUUUGUAUAUAUUACAUGUGAACCACAGAGAUGGCAAAUUAGUCAAUUCUUAUUGUUCUGGUGAACUUAAAGAACAGCCAACAGUGACUGUCAUAACAGAAGUCAUUAACAUUCCAAGGAGUACUCGUGUUUUUAUAAGUGUUUCGCAUUUACUUUGUAUCAAUAAAAGUACAAAUAAUGACUUAAAAUAAUCACAAAUAGUUAAUGACAUUGAAAGUGUAUGAGUAGCUGGAUUUCAGAGGCAGACAUAUGCUGUUUGUAUGAAAUCAGGAAGCAGCUUUCUUUCUUUUUUCUUUUAUUUUUGCCCCUUCCCCCCCCCCCCCCCCCCCCCCCCUCUCUCUCUCUCUCUCUCUCUCUCUCUCUCUCUCUCUCUCUCUCUCUCUCUCUGUGUGUGUGUGUGUGUGUGUGUGUGUGUGUGUGUGUGUGUGUGUGUGUGUGUGUGUGUCUGUCUCCACUUUCUUUUGAUACCAAGCUAUACACGUGUCUACUUAUGAUGUAAACACACACUUAUUAGUUUAUCCCUCUUAAGGCAGGGAUUUUCUAUAUGACAAAGUAAUAUUAAAGUAUCAUUUGAAGGUGUGUAUUACAUUAAAAACAUCAGAAAUGCAUUUCAAAAUUUAGUUACUUUUACAGAAAAGCAUAUAUAAGGUGUGUGAGAGAAGUAAUGGAACUAAUUUUUUAUCUACCAAAGCUUUUAUUUCUUCAAACAACAAUAUUUUCCCAUUUAAAACAGCUAUAUACCAAUUGGAGUCUCUUCCAGUCUUGGCAGCAGCACUGAAAGCUUCGAAUGGUAUGGACGUUAACAUGUUGGUUACAUUCUGUUGAGUGUUCUCUUGAGAGCCAACAUGAUGUCUUUUUAAUACUUUUUCAAUUUCAGGAGAAGAAAAAGUCACAAGGGCACAGAUCAGGUGAAUACAAGGUCUGUAGAACAACAGAAAUAUCUGUUGAGGUAAAAAAUUCUGUGAUGGAAGUGGCUGUGUAAUAUGGGACAUUGCAGGCAAGUGGAUGCUGAAUCACGACAGUGUACGAUCUUACUCAGUUCACCCUUUUGCUGAGCUUUUUGGGGUCAUCUUUGUAAAACCCUUGGUUGACAGUUUGUUCUGGAGGAACAAAUUCUUUGUGCACAGUACCACCAUUUUUUUGUCAAAAAAAAGCACAUCAGCAUUGUUUUGAGCUUUGAUUUGCUGAUUGGAGCUUUUUCCUCCCAGGAAAUGUCUCAGUGUGCCCCUCCUCACCGUGCCGCUUUGUCUCAGGAUCAUACUAAAAAAAUCCAGCAUCUAUCACCUGUGAUCGCAUGGCUGAACCAUUUAUCGUCAUUGGCAAUCUUAUGAAGAACAUCAAUAAACUUUUCUUUGAUUGUACUUCUGCUAAGUUGUGAAGUUUGUUGACAUCAUUUUCACACAAACCUUUCACAAGUGCAAAACUUCGGUAAGAAUUUGAUGAAUGGUGAAAAUGUUAAAGUUUAACAGGUCACCUGUCAUCUUUAUUGUUAAAUGUUGGUCUUAUCGCACAAGAGCAUGCACAUUUCUGAUGUUUGCUUUGGUUUUUGAAGUUGAUAGUUUUCUUGAGUGAGAUUCAUUUUCAACAUGUUCUUGGCCUUCCAAAAAUGAUUUGUGCCAGUGAAAAACUCGUGCUCUUCAUAAGAAAUGUUCCCCUUAACCCUGUUACAGCUUUUCAAAGGCGACACUCACAUAUUCUCCAAGUUUAAGACAGCCAAUGAACCUCUUGAUUUUCUACAGCCAUUACUGGCAUACUGAAAGGAAUAUACAGAUGCACAGUUUGCUUUACAGAUUUGCAACUUUGACCUAAUAUAAAAAUGUUCCCAUCCUAGUUCUCUAGAAAAUUAACGGAGAGCCUGCACUGGAUGCUUUGGGUGAUGUGCAGUAACCAGUUUUUGUCCAAAGCACUGGAAGAGUUAAUUUGUUUGUUCUGAAGGGGACUCCGACAUUGCCAACUUCCAGCCAGGGAGCAAUGUGCAGCAAUGACAGAAUCAAGCUGCAUGCCCACAAAUGUUCUCAAAUGAUUUUACAGAAACUAUUUCGUAAAACAUUUCAUUUUGCAUUCCUUGUAGCUCUAUUUGUCACCUUCGUGUUCAUGUGCCUGUCAUUUUUAUUAAUGGUUGUAGUUAUUGAGAUAUUUGCAUUUAAAUAAGACAGUGAGUGAAAUUUGAAAAAGUUUGUAAUUAAAAAUAGGGAUUGCUAUGAUUUUGCAUUUGGUGCAUAUUACUUGGGUGGUGAUCUCUGUCACCAAUCGCAAGAAAAUUGAUUUGAAGUAGCACACUCAUUUAUGAUUGCACAUGCCAAUAAUAAAGGCAGAAUGACAUAUGCACAGCAUUCUUCAAAUUUAAUAAACAAUUUGAGAUAUCAAAAAGAGAUUUUGGCAAAUGAUAGCUUUAAUCUGUUGAUCUUAACUUUUCAUCAGUUCCUCACUUAAUAAACCAUGCUUUCAGAAUUCUCCCACAAUUAUGUCUGCACAACAUGUUAGUGAGGUGACAGUUGAGUAACCUCAGCUGUGUUUUGGCAAAAGAAGCAAAUGUUAACAUGGCAACAAGAGAAAUGUGGGUUUUGCUCCAAAUUCGCCACUCAUGAAGCUUCUCUGAAAGUUACAAAUGGUUAACAAGCCACAUGAAAAAAAAAAAAAAAAAUCACUGCUUUUCGUUGCAUUUUAAGUGGAAUUCUUUGUAAAUACUCACUAUAGUCGAUGUGACAGUAGAUAUUUUUGAGUGGUCACCAGGCAGUGUGGUUUGGAGGGGCUACACUUAAUAUUUACAAAAAUUGUGAGUAGGCUUCAGUUCAGAAUGGCACUUCCUCUCAACUACUUGGAGUUUCCACUAUGCCAUCCGCCCUAACCCCCACCACUACUGCUCUCCCCACGUAUCCUCUGCCGAUUGCUUGUCUACUGGCCACAUUAUUCUGUGCGCGCUCUACCAUAGGCUAUUAGUCUGAAGUGAAGCUGAAUUGCUGUUUUUAAUGCUGUUUUACCGGUAUUGUGUAACCUUGGGACAGGCAAUCUUUUCCAGUCAACUUUAGUGGUCUGUAUUUCUCAAAUACUUCAUGUGUAUAUUAGUAUAUUAAUCCCCCCUCCAGUUCCCCCCUCUCCCCCAAUACCACUCCCACCUGCACCUCUCUCUUAAUGAGAGAAAAAUCUUCAUAUGAAGGCAGAAACAAGCAACCUGUUAGUAGGAAGAUGAUUCCAAUCUUAGUUACUUUCUUUGAUGCACAGCGUGUCAGGAACUUCAGUACAUUAUCAAAAAAUUGAUAUUUUUAUUUUAUCCAACAGCCAUUAACAACCUGCUAUAUGGAAUCACAUCAUGAAACAUCAACAGUUUUAAUUUUAUUAAAUAUAAUGCAAGUAACAUUAUUAGACUGCUUUAAGCUUCUCUUGAGUCCAGCAAUAUGUUGAAGUAGUUUCAGGAUUUAACCAAAUCUGUUGAUUAACUUUUGAGUACUGAAAGAUUCUGUCAGUUGGGCCUGAGCUUCUGGUGUUGGUUGUAAUGUGUGCGUGAGGUGUGCUUCCUUGUGUGAAUGAAUGGUGUGUUUUUCUCUUUUACUGAUGAGUGCUGUGGCCAAAAGCUUAUUGUGUCUGUCUGCAACUUAAUGUGUCAUAUUUAUGGUAAGUAGCAAUCUAUCUUUCCCUACAUGUUAAAUACAUGUUUUAAUUGUCAGCUAAUGGGACGUAGAGCAUCCCUUUGUGCACCAAACUUUUCUUCUCUGUCAUUUCCAUCUCAAGUUUCUACUGCAAUGUAAAAUUUUGAAGACCCUUAUGAAAGUCAUUAUGAUAGAAUAGCAUAUCAUGAUUCUGUUAAAACUGCCAAUUUUUCUGGCUUGUCAUUAAAAAACAUUGUAAAAUGACACCCAAUAAACAUUUUUUUAAAACUAUUUUCUUAGAUAAAUCUCUUAACAUUUCUGACAUUGAAAUACCUGUCAAAAGCAAAUAUUUUGAGCAGUUUACAUACUGUCCUUACCUUUGCCUUUUUUCCCUAUGGAGGAUAUUUUUUCUGGCUGAUGUGUAUAUUUAUGGAGUUUUCCUUCAGUUACUGUGGCAAUUUGCCUCUCAGAAUUUACUACCCCCUCCCCUGUAAAAUAGUGCACAAAAUCACCGAACACCUUGUAUAUAACUUCACUUAAUAAGAGCUGCUGCAGCUACAAUGUUUUCAAGAGUCAAAUUAUUCUGAUCUCGAACUGUUACAGGUUCAUCUGGUAGACAUCAAGCUAAUGAUGUGGGUUGCACCGCUAGGAAUCCAAUUUUGAAAGCCACUUUAACUUUUAAUGAUGAAAAACUCGUUUUUUUUUUUUUUUUUUUUUUUUUUUUUUUUUUUUUUUUUUUUUUUUUUUUUUUUUUU